AUGACUGGCCACUGCGAUGGGUGGAUGUACGAGACCAGCAAACCCUCAUGGAAGACCUGGCUCUGGGGUGCGGGUGUUAAAAUACUGAUGGGCAAAAACCCGUUGUUGUACAGUUUCCAACGCACCAUCCCACGUCUGCCCGUACCGUCGAUCAACGGCACAGUCGAGCGAUACCUCGCGAGUGUCAAGCCUGUGUUCCCCGAUGAUCUGUAUGAGAAGCAUGCCAAGGAUGCGAAGGAGUUUGUGAAGAAUGAGGGCCCUAAGCUCAACCGAUACCUACAGCUCAAGUCCUGGCUCACGGACAACUACGUGACGGACUGGUGGGAGAAGUACGUGUAUCUCCGUGGGCGCUCGCCUAUCAUGAUCAACAGUAACUACUAUGUCAACGGACUGUACUACUACGAGGCCACCCCUGUGCAGGUGUCGCGUGCGGCUAAUCUGUCGUACCGCGCACUGCAGUUUAAGAAGUUCAUUGACGAGCAGAAGCUGGAGCCUACUGUUAUCCGAG